AUGGCAAGCAGCUUCAGCUUCGAUGAUGGACGCAAGUUCGUGGCCCAGCAGUGGGACGAUUCGAUCGUGCCGGCCUUGCAGGACUACAUCAGGAUCCCCAACCAGUCGCCUCUCUACGACCCCCAGUGGGCCACCAACGGCCUGAUCGACCAGGCCGUCGAUCUUAUGGUGCAGUGGGUUCGCAAUCAGCAAGUGCCCGGUCUGAUUCUUGAGGUGAUCAAGCAUGAAGGCCGCACCCCUCUCAUCUUCAUCGAAAUUGAGGCCACCACCGACAACAAGGAGGACACCGUUUUGCUUUAUGGCCACUUGGACAAGCAGCCGCCCAUGCACGGCUGGGAGGAGGGCCUUGGCCCCCACACCCCCGUCAUCCGCGAUGGCAAGCUCUAUGGCCGAGGUGGAGCUGACGACGGAUAUGCCAUUUUCGCUGCCAUUACCGCCAUCCAGGCCCUCAAGAAGCAGGGAGUGCCCCACUCGCGGUGCGUGGUGGUGAUCGAGGCCUGCGAGGAGUCGGGCUCGCGCGAUCUGCCCUACUACAUUCAGCUCCUCCUGCCCCGCAUCAAGAGCCCCUCCCUGAUCAUCUGCCUCGACUCUGGCUGCGGCAACUACGAGCAGCUGUGGCUCACCACCUCGCUGAGGGGUGCCGUCAUGGGCAACCUCAAGGCCGAGAUCCUCACCGAGGGAGUGCACUCGGGCUCCGCCAGCGGCGUCGUGGCUUCGUCGUUCCGCGUCCUGCGCCAGGUCCUGGACAGGCUGGAGGACGUCAAGACGGGCCAGAUCCUCCCGCCCUUCCUCUCCGCCGAGAUCCCCGCCUUCCGCAUUGAGCAGACCAAGCGGGCGGCCGAGGUCCUCGGUGACCUCAUCUACAAGGAGUUCCCCUGGAAGGCCGGUGCCAAGCCCGUGGCUGAUGAUCUCACCGAGCUGUUCUUGAACAAGACCUGGCGCCCUGCCCUCUCGAUCACCGGAGCCGAGGGACUGCCCAGCCUCGAGAGCUCGGGUAACGUGCUUCGCCCGUACACCACGCUGAAGGUGUCGCUGCGCCUGCCGCCGACGAUCAACGCCGACAAGGCCGGUCAGCAGCUCAAGGAGUUCUUCGAGGAGAACCCUCCCUACGGCGCCUCGGUGAGCUUCGAGGUCGAAAAGGCCGGCACUGGCUGGGAGUCGCCUAAGCUGGUCGAUUGGCUGGCCGAGUCGGUGGACAAGGCCUCCAAGGCCUAUUUCGGCAAGGAGGUCUGCUACAUGGGCGAGGGCGGUUCCAUCCCGUUCAUGGGCAUGCUGGGUGAGCUCUUCCCCAAGGCGCAGUUCAUGAUUACUGGCGUGCUUGGCCCCAAGUCGAACGCGCACGGACCCAACGAGUUCCUGCACAUCGAGAUGGGCAAGGGCGUCACGUCGUGCGUGGCCUCCCUCAUCGCCGACCAGGCCUCCCACCAGGUGGCCUAA